AUGGUGAUCAACAGAUUUGGUAAUGUUGAAAAUGUACAUAGAGUUCUUGCUACCUGUCUCAAAGAUGGCAAUAUUCAAAUUUCAUCUAUAUACAGUAUUUUAUCCCAUCCUUCAGCUACUGUGACCUGGUCGAAUACAGUUUGGGGGGGCUUGCACUAUCCCAAACACUCUUUGAUAAUGUGGCUUGCUGUUCUCUCGAGACUAUUGACCAAGGAUAGGCUGUGUCGUAUGAAGAUACUAGAUGCUAGCCAGAAUUGGUGUGUGCUGUGCAUAGGCUCUGUCAAUCGGCCUGAAUCCAAGAAACAUCUCUUCUUUGAGUGUCAAUUCUCAGGUUUUGUUUGGAAUGAAAUGAUGGAAUGGCUUGGCUUUACAUGGAGAUCAUGUGAUUGGGAUCAUGUGAUGAACUGGUUUUGCAACAACAUGAGGGGUCUAGGAUUCAUAAAGAAGAUGAAGAGAAUGGUACUGUCGGCAACUAUAUACUGGAUAUGGAAGGAGAGAAACUCAAGAAUUUUUCAGCAAAAAUGCCGAAGUCCAGACCAAAUUGUGAGAGAGGUGAAGCUUUCAGUUCUUAUGAAAGUGCUGCAUGAAGACAUCCCAGAUCAUUUGAGAGAGAAAGUUGAGAGAUUGUAA